GCAAAAAUGCCUGUAAAAGCUGCUCCAAACCCAUACGAUAUUGGCCAGAUAGAGACAGAUGGCGAUGCCGACGCCAAUAUCAACUACAACGACGCUAUUGAGUACUGGUCAUCGGUUCCAGCCUCGGUAAAUGGUGUUCUAGGAGGCUUUGGAGAACAGACUCCAGUUCCAAAGGCCGAUAUCAUAGGUUCCAGCACAUUUUUAAGAAAGCUCCAGACGCGAAUGGGUUUACCUGAAGGCGAGCAACGCUUGACCAUCGAUAUGGGAGCUGGAAUUGGCAGAAUAACCAGAGAUUUGUUGUGGAAAGUCAGUGACAAGGUUGACCUUUUGGAACCAGUUAAGCCCUUCGUCCAACAAAUGCAAAACGAAUUGGUUGCAGUGGCGAACAAGGGGAAGUUGGGAGAUAUCUAUGACAUUGGAAUGCAAGACUGGGCUCCCUCACCCGAAAAGACUGGCAAAUAUUGGUUGGUGUGGUGCCAAUGGUGCGUAGGACAAUUGCCAGAUCACGAACUAGUGCAAUUCUGGAUUAGAUGCAGACAGGCUUUGAUGCCCAACGGUACUAUGAUAGUCAAGGAGAAUAUUGCUCCUCAGGAUGAUAUUUUUGACGAGACCGACUCUUCUGUCACGAGAACAGAUCCUAAAUUCAGGGACUUGUUCAUCCAGGCCGGGUUCAAGUUAAUAGCCAGUGACGUACAGAAAGGUAUGCCUAAGGAAUUAUACCCUGUUAGAAUGUACUGUUUAAAGGCUGCUCAGUAGCUGCGACGAGCAGAGAAGUUAUUGUAAUAUAAUAUAAAAUUU